GCAGUAUUGUUUUUGUGCACAGCUGCUGCGCUGCUAUAAAGCUCCAGCAAUGAGGAAUGAUGAGAGGAGAAAUAGUGAUACAAAGAAACCAAAGACACGUAUUGCGUGUGAAUUUCCUCUGCUGCUUUGUGUGUCUGCCGUCGGGGGACAUUUGGAGAAGCUAAGGAGGAUCUGACUGAGACGAAGAGGAUCGUGCCCUGAAACCAAGGACUCAGGUAGGAUGUCCGCACCAAGGAUGCUCCAUACACUGCACUUCAGCGGAGGGAAAUAGGACUAAUUCUGGCAGAUACUACACAGGAUAAACCUUCACAUUUCUCUGACACAGCCAUUAUUCUUCAGCUUUUCUCUGUCACACACUUUACACCUUUUCCUAUCUGUGUAGUCUUUGUUCACCAGCAGCAGAAAGGAAACUGCAACAGCCUGCAGCAUCAACUUCAAGUCUGACUGUGCUUUUAAUUCACUCAGUCAUUUCCUCUCCUCCGAUCAGUGUGUUCACUCCCUUUAUUGACACACACAGACAGACAGACAGACAGACAGACAGACAGACAUGUGAGUAGAUUAUAAAAGAUGUGAGUGACAUUUUCUGUAACUGUCAUCCAUACACAGCCACCUUCUUCCGUUUUCUUAUUUCGCACCCUGAAGCUGAAAAGUUGAAGCUGAAAGCUGCUGUAAUUUGUGAAAUACUUUCAAAUGUCAUGUAAACACUUUUGAAGCAGUGAAGUCCAAGUUGAGCCCCUCGUAUCUGGAGGGUUUCUUUGUUGUUUCCACUGAACUGUCUUUGUUUCAGAGGAGAUGAUGGUAAUUCCUCUCACUGUUGUUGAUACUGAACAGCUGAGCGCCUCUUCUUCAAGUUACUGGGGAAAAAAAGCAUAUUUCCGGAAAAGGGUAGAAAGUGGACUUCAGAAUAAAACCGAUGAGUUUGUUUGUUUUUCCAACUUUAAAGAAUUAAACAAGUUAACAAAGAAUAAACUGUGGAAAAAUAUCUCAAGCCUAGGAUAAUAGAAAGGAAGAAGUAUUUAAGAUUAAUAAGAGAAGGACAUGUAACUGUACACAUCAGGGACUUUUCUCUAACUUCUAUUCCAUGAUUGAUUUCUGAUAUCUUAUUUUUCACUAAUUUCAAGAAAGUUAAACUCGAUUUUCCAAUAUAAGUUAUUCAUUUAUCACACAGAGCUUCUUCUUUGAAUAGUUUUAUGGCAAAAUUGAAAAAAAAAAAUUUGUAAUGAAUUUGUUUGUUACCCUUGGAUGAAGAGAAAAAAAUAGCAACAAUCUUAAAAUGAAAAUUAAAGAACUAGAAAUGUCCCAUUCUUGUUCUGAUUUUUACCCGUUGUAAAUCAGGAAUAUCUUAUUUAUCUGUACAGUGAAUUGAAAUUCUUUAUUCAUAACGAACAUAUAUACCCAAUGUAAAAUGUCAAUGUGAACUGUGAUCUAUUCUCAUCUCCUGACUGUCUUUGAAAAAUCAUUUUAAAAAAUUGACAAUGUUUUGAAAUCAGGUCAAUUUUGUAGCAUUUUUCCUGUUCUUACAAAGUCGACUGUGGGGCAUUUAGAUGGUGAGACCAAACUCUGUGUACUUAGCGAUUUCAUUUUUGGCUUUCUAUUUUUUUAUCAAUUAUCUAUAUCCCAUAUUCAUUUAAUUAUUUGUUUAUUUUUUUAUUCUUUUAAUUUUUUUAAGUAGUCUUGUUUUAAGCUAAAAGAUUGUUGCUAAAAUUUCCUUGAAAAAAACAUUCGACCUUCAUCAGUCUUACUUUGAAAAGACCAUCCAAAGCUUCCUGUUUUGUUGCAGUGAGCUUGACUCUCUGCUGGGAGGAGAUUGGGGAUGCAGAUUGGAGUAGGUGGAGGGGAGGGGAGGGGGGGGGGGGUGAAGUGUGCGGAUGAUUUCCAGUCCAGUUCAGACCAGUUUUAGCGCUGCUCUUCAUUCACUGCAAUAUACUUUAUCUUAUUGUUCUCAGCAGGAUGUGUGACUGCAAACAAGCAAACGGGAAGUUUGGUUUGCCUGCCUGUUUUCAAAGCCAUGUUAAUGUCCUAAGUGUUGGGGGCUCAGAGUGACAUUUUAAGUUUCCUCUGACAAAACAGUACCCUACAUCCUACAAUGAACAGUAAAGAACCGUAAUUUUAUGACUGUUUUUAAAAAAGUAUUCGUAAUUGAAAGAUGUAACGGGAAAAUAAACGCCUGCGGAUGCCAUAAGUCUUUAUUGUGUAGUCAAGUCAGGUAAUGUCAUACAUACAUACUCCUCAUUUUCACAUCUCACAAAACAAAAGCUCGUUAUUUUCUCAUUUUAAUCACAAGAGUUUAAAAGUUCUACGCGUUUUUCAAUAUGUAGGUGAUAAAUUAUUUUAAACAAUCAUUAACCUUCAGGUUUGUGUCUAUUUCUGUCCGUAAAUACCGUCAUUAUCCAACUUUCUAAUGUCCCUCUGUACAAAUAUAUGAGGCUACUGUAUGUGAUGGGCGCGCGCGAGCAUUGACAGAUGAUACGGAGUCUCGCGCCGCACUGGUUCGAACCGGCUGGAGCCUGCGUUACAUUUACGUACAGUCGAGUUUCUGCCAACAAACCCUUGUUUUUCCCAAAGUAUCCUCGUCACAUUAGACACAGAUCCACUCAAAUACCCCAACUUUUCUGUUUAUGUUUCCACACAAACAAGGAAAGUCAAGCAAGUCAAGAAUGUCUUUGUUGUCUUUAGUAACAGAAACUUUAUCGUUUUAAUCAAGUAUCCUCACAUUUAUCCAUAAUUUGAUGUAAGUCUCGUUUAAAAAAACGAAAGAGUUGAAUUCUUGAGUCAGGUUAAGAGAAUUUUUGAUCAACAUUUCCCAUAAAAUCUCAACAUAAACAACAUUUCCUCACUAUUAACACCACACUAUUGUCUUCCCCCACCAGUCCUGAACGCAACAUCAACCUCACGUGUAGCAGCUGCAAGAGCUAUGUCACUAGCAGCCAAUCGAAUCGGAAGUGUUAAACCUCCGAGCCAAUCAGAGAACGCAGGGGCGGGACUUUUGAAUAUUUAUAGGCGGGGUUUGCAGCUCAAAGGGCUCAGCUGUUUUCUGUUUAUAGGAGUCCCUCGUCGUUGUUAACAUCAGCUCAGACAAAGAAACGGAUGUAAUACAGGUCCAGAGAGUCUCCCAAAACACCUAAUCGUGAACUCACACAGCAUUGCAUGAAUGCUCAUCCUCCAAAAAAGUCAGAAAUGAAAAAGAAAUGUGCUAAAAUCACAAAAAAACAAGUCCGGUGAUGACAUAUUAUGAGUAAGCAGCAUAAUGUUUCUGCAGUUUCAGUUUUAUGACUCAGUCCAGCAUCUUCACCAGUCCCUCCUGCUAUCCUUCCUUGCAGGCUCCAGCAGCAUCCACCCAACCACCCCCAAGUUAGACCAGUGAAGUGCUACCUCUGAACCAGCUGAGAUAUGGCUCCCACCUUGGCCACAGCUUUCUCCCGCCGAUGGUGGAUGGCGGUGACAGCCGUUAUUGAGAACCUGCUUUUCUCUGCCGUGCUACUGGGCUGGGGAUCCCUGCUCAUCAUGCUCAAGUCUGAGGGCUUCUACUCGUACCUGUGCAAAGGACUAGGUGAGUCCGCUUGGUUUAUGGACAAAAAUGCCAAGUUUUGGAUUGUGCAAAGAUACUGGAGUAAUGUACUCAACAAUCUGAAGGUACCCACCACAGCAACUUUAGAGAUGUAAUGUAGAAUAACAACAAUUGAGGUUUCAUUUACUUUACUAAAGUGAUCAUCUGUGAGGAAACAAGCAGGAUCCCGAUUGAUCUUACCAUGGGGAUUUUCACAUAAAGAACUAGUCCAUUCAGUAGCUGUCCUUGAAAAACCUUUAAAGCAGAAAGAAGGUGCUCCUUCAGUGCACAGUAAAGCCACAUCAAGUUAUUUCAUUGUUAUUUAUUCUGUCCUCAGUUCCCUCUGAUCAAAGGAAGUGCAGGGCGCUGCUCCACUCAGACUCUCUUUAUUAGUUUGUGUUUUAUGAAACAAAAUUGAGCCCGAAAAAUCAAAUCAGAUGAGAGCUCAGUCCUUCCAAUAAGCAGGAUUUUAUAGUCGCUCAUUGUCCCAAUUGCAAUGUGGGUCAAAUUAAACACAACAACAACUCACUGCAGCGACAGUUAAUCUUCACUUACAUCAGCAGUAAUGUUUUCUAGCUGUCUGCAUCUCCAUGUAAGCAGAUUGAAGUGUGAAUGAGUCCAUUCAUGUCCCCAUUCUUCACAGCAGUGAUCACACACACUGACUUUAUCUCUUUGAUCAGCUGAUUGAGUCUGUCUUCCUAUUUCCCUCUUUGUUUCCUACAAAGAAACACUGAUGAAAGCCUUGCAGGGUUAAUUUGUGAAUAUAAAGCCUUUUAAUGGAUUUGUCCCUCUCUACAUCCACUCACGCUAUCACAUGACUCUAUCUGAGGGUACUGUCAUUUACUGUGUUACCAUAGAGGCAACUCUGGCUAAUUUUAGCUAAUUUUGUCAAUGGAUGUGCUAACACAAUGUAACUCAAAAAGCUUAUCACUGUAGGUCCUCCCUUUCUUAUCUCGACUCUCAGACCCGUUUAACAGCGUUAAAUCUGCAGCUCUGGUGUUUACUUACAGGCUGAAAUCAGGUCGAGUAGGUGCAACAUACAAAGUUUUGUGAGGUCAAGUGGGUGCAACACAGGCUGGUAGGACAAGGUGAAGUCUGAGGAUUUCUCGCUGUAAAGCCAGCAUGUUUGUCUAUCCUCAGGCAAAAAUGUGCAAACAUGCAGAAUUGUUCUGCCUCUUGUGUACAGAGGCGAUGUCGGCAGCUGUCUGACUCAAGGUUUUUUGACAUUGUGUAGAACUUUGACAGGUGUAGAGCCUUCAAAUAACCCUUCUGUCACAAAGCUGUUUCAGAAGUUGUUGUUUUUGGGACAAACCUAUGCCUGUAUGGGACUCUGGAGGGUAAAAAGCUGAAGACUGAGUUUUAGUUUACACCUUUGAUCACCGUUUGCCUCACCCAGAACAAAAAUUAAAGUUGUGAUAGGUUAAAACAAAGUGCAUGUAAGAACAGGUGAGUUUAUAAAAAAAAAGUAGACUUCAGAAUAUGAUUAAUUUCAAAUGUGCCACAGGGGAAAUAUUCACAUAGGCAGGCUCUCGGGAUUCCUUUGUCUCAUUCAGCGGCGACUAACCUUAUAAUGUUACACACUUGAAUACUAUAUAUCAUAGUCCCCGAGAAGAACCCAGCCAGAAGAAGACACAAAUAUUUUUAGUACUGAUCACAAUCAAAUGCCAAGCUCUAGUGUUAAACAAUUAACCAAUCCAGACGUGUUAAAACUCGAGGGUAACUUCAAAAGUCAAGAAAUCACCAUUAAGUCCCAUGUUGAAAUGCCCAUUUUGUUAACAUUCUGUCAGUCUGGUUAAAAAAAUGGUUUUGGUCCAUACAGCUCAUUCCUUUAUUCAUACACACCGUACAGGGAGUGAUUUCUUAAAUCCUUUUGGUAAUGUUGCAACUGAGCAUGUGCACAAAUUUGCAUAAAUAGCGACAGAGACAAGUGACAAAAAAGUCACAUUAAGCCUUUCUAGUUCAGAGUACGAGGUAUUAGAUGUGUAACUGCAACAACAAACAGUUGACUUUCUUUAAAGUUUUCAGCGAUAAUAAACUGAAUUCAAUAUAUUAUUUUCUUUGAAAAAUAAACUAAGAAGAGAAAACAAACCAUUUCAGUCUAAAAAUGUAUUAACAUGAUUCAAUUUCUUUGAAGUGUCCUAAAAGUAGUUGCUAAACUUCCAAUAUUGUAGCAUGGAAACAGAUAUGAAUAAAGCAACUGGGCACACAUUAUGAAAAGUAAUGGUACCUGUCAUUGGAGACACCUGUUUGUGUUUGUGGUGUGGUGAGUUCGCAUGUGUUCAUGAACCGUUUGAAACAACCUUCUCACUGUGGUUUUGUCUAUGUUCUUCCUCAUGUUUGUGAUACUCAGAUGUAUUUCAACCGUGAAGUACAGCCUGCUCUCUCACAGCUGUGGUGUGAGGUUAUCAUAUUGUAGGUGGUGUUUUUUUACACACAGCAGACAGAGAAAAAUGUCCUUUCCUUUAUCACACUCAUCACCUGCUCUUGUGGUCCUUAUUGUCUUAUGAGACUUCAUUCUAAUGUGGCUCUUUCACACAGUUUUUUGACGUGUCUUAAGAGGUUAGGAAAACACGGUUGUGGUCUGUGUGAGCUGUAUGUGUGUUAUUGCUAAAAGAAAACACUGUGGGCGUCAAAUGUAGACACAGUUUCCACUUUGGUGUUUCAAGUUUGCAUCCAACUGUUGCUGAGUUAACUUUACUUAAUGAACUUUACUUGUUAAUGGCUCCCUCCUCAUACACUCCCCCCCAAUCACAUCAAGCUGUUUGUUUUUACAGCUACUUUUUCACGGAUGAGAUUUGUAGACUGUAGAAUCUGAUCCAGGUAUUUGUUAUCAUUCUUUAUGAAUACUCCUUUGUCAGUGUUGUUUUAAUAUGAGUUAAGUUGUGUGACUUGUUGCUGCCUGCUGCUACAACAGUGAAGUCAGGGAAACCUAGUAUGUACUUGUAAUCAUUAAACAAAACGGCUCUACAAGAGGUGGGUCUGUUUGACAUCUGCUGUACAUACAUAAGACGCUCACUGAAGACGAAGGAGUGGCUUUACAAAAGAAAUUCAGCAAACAGCAAAAACAAACUGAUGUCGACAUCCAGGAAACACCCUUGAGGUAUAGACACUACACUAAACAACUUAUUGACCCUCAGGUGUUCUGGCCUGUUUCGUUGGGUGUCUAAAUGACCCUUUAGUGACUCAGGACCUCUGACUAGUCAUCAGAUGAUGCAGUUUAGGAACUGAUUCAGUCAGCACUAAACACUCCUAUAGGCUUCAGAUAUCAGCCAGCAACAGGAAUGCACAAGAAUGUCUCUUCACAUGUGUACUUAAAUCCUUUAGUGUGUCUGCAGGGGCUCGAAAGGUGUGAAAAGUCGUUAAAGAGCGGGUAUUAUGCUUAUCAGCUUCUUAGCAGCUUUACAUGAUUUACAGGUCAACAAACUCUUAAGAUAUUUCAGGCAGCUGUCUUUGAAAAUACUCAUUUUAGCCUCUGUCUGAGACGCUUUAUUUAAGCCCCUCCCCCAGUGUUCUGGAAGCCUCCUCCACUGUUGCCACACAAAGUGCAAAGUUGCACAUUGUUGUGUUCAGUCUUAUAAAAUGACAGAUUCGCCCUUGUAAGGAGAUUCACUGUCUGGUGAUGUCACAUUUGGAGCAAAUCUCUUUUUAAUCUCACUGAAUUCUCCUGUGACCUUUUGAAUGAGCCAAUCAGAGCACCCUGGCGUCCCAUCUGGGGAUUACUUCAUCACACAUUAACCUUGCCAUCUGAAACGUAGCUCAUGUAUAAUAAUACUGAUGUCAAACAUCUCAACUUAACACUUGUUUUUAAAAUAUAUAAAAAAGCAAAAUACCACCUCUUAAAUCAAUUGAUCGAAAUCCGGGACCAGAUUUUGUACUUGGUGUGGUUUUUAAUUUGUCUAAAUUUGCACUGUCCAGCUGUUGUAGAUCCAUGAUGGGUAAAAUCCUGACAAACCUGACAUCAUUCAAAAAGGUCAAACACUCACUGAUCACAGACAGUAAGGAAACACUAAGUUAAUUUAUAGAUUAAACCUAAAAAACACCUAAAAUGGGACAUGUUUGAGACUUAAAUAAUCCACACAGUUUUAGCCCUAUAUCAGCCCUGGAUUCGACUAAUGUGUGGCUGGCCAAAGAAAAAUCUUAAAUGAAUCAGCAACUUUGGACAAUUCGACAUCAGGCUGUCCUGAAAUUCUCUGGAAAUAUUUAUAGUGUACGUGUGAAGAGGGUUAAAUGGCUUUCAACACCAGCCAGCCAUUCAUUACAGCUCGCAUACAUCCUCAUGUUACAUCUGUCCAGUCUUUUCUGGUGCUGUUUGUUUUUAAAAAGCUUUUCAGCAUUGAACUAUGCACUCUCAGUGAAUUUAUGUGCCAGUGUUAAAACAACAAUGCAGGCAUCCGAUGUUCAUUAAGCCCUGUUACCUUUCACCCACUUAUACCCUCACGUCAACUUUUUGCACCAGAAUGCAUUUAAUGUGACAUAAUAGCUUCCUGUUGUUCCUCUUUAGAGACCAGGGACCAGCAGAAACCCCUCCUCCCCUCACUCCUUUAACCUUAAGCUGGCUCAACAGAGGCAGAAAUCAACAUCAUGCCCUCCUUUAGGAACAAAACAGGCCUGGAGAGCACAUUUUCUGCUCUCUUGUUUGUUGGAUGCAGCAGAGACUUGAGCUGCUGUUGACAACCUGCCCGCAGGAUCAUGAUUAAGAAAAACACUUGAUGACUAAGUCUUUCAUACCCUCCUCCAGACAUCAAAUGUCCUGGAAACGCUGAGUCUGUCGCUAUAGCAUCUGACAAUCUGAACAAAAACAAGUCAAGGUGAGCAAGGAGUUUUCGUGUCUGCUGUCAUUACAUGUGUUGAUACCAGCAGAGUUUCACCAGAGGCAACGGUCUAAUAGAGCUGAUAGACCAAAAUAGACUCCACAUGAACUCAGUGGACUGUGUUUACGAGUGAUUCAGCCCCGUGUGUGUGGGGCAGAGUGUGACAGAGAGUUUUCCUCCAACGUGCUUGCAGGGGUUCAGUUCUGACUAUUUCUGGCGCCUGUUUACCUUGUAUUUUGUUGUUUUCCCUCCGGUGUAUUUACUUGACCUUUAAUGAGUCUCCUGGCUUUGAAAUCAGCAGCUCAGCACGAGAGAGAGGGCGGGCAGUAACAUUAGAGAUGUGUUACUUUGAAAUACCCAGUUUAGAUCACACCUUGACCUUUAGGGACCGUGCAUCAUAAAUUUGAUCUGGUUUUGCUUUUAUCACCAUAGCUGCCUCUAUAAUAAAGCCGGUAGCUGGCUCGAUCAGCAUAAUGAUGUGAAGUAAGCCAAUCUGAUGGUUCAGCCAAAAGUAACUUGAUAAAAGUUUUUGCUAGAUAUCACUCCUGCUAAAUCAAGAAUUUGUGUACAGAAACUUGAUGACAGUAGUUCUCGGGAAGUCUGUUCAAACCCCUUAAAUAAUAAAUGUAGUCAUGUUUACUGACAUAACACGAAAAACACGUGAGAGCAAAUAUCUGCAGGCUGUUUGUGUCGUAUGAUAGUAGAUUCACAUAACUACUCUACACCUCUGGCUAAAGUAUCACAGUCUAGCUCCCUUAUGUAAAAGGCUGGUACCUUGAGGAUAUUUGAGCUCUACACAAUAUCUAAGGGUUGAAUUUUUAAAGAUGAUAGUCUUUUGGAGCGCUACAGUUGGGACAUGAACCGGUUUAAAGCAGCGUUUUUAUAUCUGACAUUUAAAAUCUAAUCAUGCAGGAAACAACACCAGCCUCAACAACUCCAAUGCAUCCAUGUCAGAGCCGGAGGAAGAGUACAUGGAGAUGAAUAACUGGCCUAUCUGUAAAGACCAGGAUGAGAUGCUAAACCUGGCCUUCACUGUGGGAUCCUUCCUGCUUUCUGCCAUCACUCUGCCUCUGGGUAUCGUCAUGGACAAAUAUGGUCCCCGGAAGCUGCGUCUUCUGGGCAGGUAAGACUCAACUUUCCACUUCAUAUUUAAUGAAGUUCAACAGGUUUGGUUUGUUUUUCUUUCAUAUAAUCUCUUAUUGUUCUGAUUUCUCUGUGUACCCAGUGCCUGCUUUGCCUUCUCCUGCCUCCUCAUCGCCUAUGGUGCCAGUGACCCCAACAGUAAGUGACUCUUAUCAUGCAUUCCUUUCACAGCAGCCUCUAUGUCAUGGUGCUUGUGUAGGUCAGCACACAGGCACACAUGGAGAUGAUGUAUUGAUGCAGCAUUGACACAUUAAUCAAUCACACGGCAAGCGUGGGAGCUCCUUUGAGUCAGCAGACUGACUACAGCUUGUCUGUGCUUCUCCUUUUACAGAUCUGUCCAUCCUGAUCUUCUUUGCUCUGGCGUUGAACGGAUUUGGAGGCAUGUGCAUGACCUUCACUUCUUUGACUGUGAGUAAAACCUGCAGGACACCACAUAAAGAUUUAGGUGUCUUAUUUAUGUAGCACAAGUUACAAGAGAAAAAGUCAUGGUAACACAAGAAAACGCCAUAAAAAAGAAAAAUAAAUACAAAGUAAGAGGUUUUUUUUUUAAAUAUUUCUUUGUUCAUGAAAGUUGUGUAGAAAUAAACAGAAUUCAAAGCAGUGAAAGGAGAGAGAUUAUGCAAUCAGCAGAGACGAAGAUGCAAUGUGCUCUGUUGUUGUGCAUGAGAGUGAGACGCAGGUCUGAUUCUUAUGUUUUAUUUAGUUACUAUGAGGAUUUAUGGGGAGGAGGGAGGAGGGCCUUAUUGAUGGUCUCUGAGGAGCUUUGUUGCAGCUGUGUUGUUGAGUCUAAGUGUAAAAAAUGCACUCACGGCAGUCGAUGUAUUAGUCUUAUUAACUGAUAACAUCAGACACUGAAGCAGAGAGAAGAAAACAAAAGAGUCAGUGGAUACAGAGGCAGAUCAGACACCGUACAGAGAGUGAACAUGAAGAAUGAAGGCGGCAGAUGCAGACGGCCGAGCAGCUGUCAAGAGACCGCUGGGAGUAAAACCAGCAGUGAUGUGAGGGAUGAAGUGGAUAAGGAAGAGCGAGCGGUCAAGAUGAUCUCAUCAGUCAGGGAAAGUGCUGCAUCACAGGAGAGGACACGUGAGAGACAGUAGAGGAGACGCAGGAGAGAGGGUUUUUUGAAAGUGAACGUGACUCCAUUAGUGAUCUAUUAUUCACAAACUCCUGCACCGCUGCUGCUGCUGCUGCUGCUGAUCUGGAUAUGAGCCAAAAAAAGACUUAUGAUUAUUUCAUCCUCACAGCGUCUGAGUGUUUUACAGUGCUUGUCUGUGGAAGUGUGAUUGUUCUAGUAGCAGGACAGUAGAGUGGUGUCCAUUCUCAGAAAUAUGGACACAACUCAGACAGUGCAAAUGUCACCAAACGGCAUUAUAAGCCAUCCGUAGGCUUUAUUUAUCCCCUUUUAUUUACCAAACCAGUCAUUUCCAGGGGGUCUCUCAAGAUCAUGACUUUUUUAUCCCAUUAUCUCUGGAUAAGAGCACGAGUUUUUGCAUUGUUAUGAUUAAGUAUCGUUUUUCCUUAAGAUGUUGGCAGCUCUUCAGAAAAACAGCUGAGAUGAACUCUUUAUUGUGGGAAACAGAGUAGAUUAAAGCAUGAAUACAUGUCUGCUCUGAGCUUAUGUAACGUAGAAGUUAUCAUGUUUUUUCUGGUAGAUAAUACUUUGCAACAGUGUCGCCUUCAGCCCGAACACUGAAUUUCUUUAUCACAAAAAGAGCUGAGACAGUCUGUCGCUGGGAGACAAACAGGAAACAGCGACAGAGGAACUGAGUGUGUGUGGGUCUCCACCCUCGCCUCCUCUGCUCCCUAUUCAGGCUGCCCACAGGGACCCUUACUGACACAAAAACAAAAACACAGAAGUUGCUCAGCUGGUUUUACCCCUGACUCCCCUCUCCGUCUUCCCUCCCCCAUCUUUCAGCCUCCCAGUCUUCAGUCUGAGCUGGGGUUGUUUUUGUCGUGUCUGGUUUCAGCUGCUCUCUCCUCCUUGCAAGGCUGGACCUGCGCACAACUGUCAAAACGAGUGUGCGCUGGAGUACUGUAACUCACUGUAGUCAGCUGGGUGUGCAUGUGUGUGGCUGUGUGUGUGUUGUUUUAGCUGUGUGGGGUUUCCAACCCUCAGCAGGUGAAGGUACAGAUCCUCAAAGGUUUUGGCAAAUGUUUCUUUUAGAGCCUCAUUGCGAGUAUCAGCAGGUCACAUUUUCCUCGAAAGGCUUUUGGAUGUAUAAAAUAGACUAUAAUUCAAUUGAAAAAUGGGUAAUAUUUUCUAUUGCCAAUGUUGGUUUUAAGUGUUUUUUUUAACAGUUGAAAGCUGAUAAGAGACAUAAAACAUUUGAAACUCCCUGAGGAGUUUUUAGCUGGUAGUAAAACAAGCUUAAAUUCAAAAGGAUGUCUUUUUAUGAUCUAGAAUAACAAAUGAGUUCAUUUUAAGGAGACUGACUUUUUCUACAGCAAGUUUAAACGCCUGUAUACACUCCAGCCAAGGAGGAGUGACAUGAGGCAAUUCACAACCAGCUACAGAAAUGACUUUCUCUUCAGUUUAGGAGACAAAAAUUCAAGUUUUUAGGUAAAUUUGCACACAUCAGAAGUAGAUACAAUAGGAUAGAGCUUUGUGAUUUCAAUUAUGAGUACGGAUUUGACCCCUUAGGAAAAUAAAAGUAUGACAAUCGAGAUUUGAUGAUAUUUAGCGGCCUGCUGUGUUUCCACCAUUACAUCAAAUAAAGUGCGUCCUUCCUGAACAGCAGAUCACAGGUUUGGCCCCUCCCCUCAAAUGGCUCUCAUUUUGACUUCAUUAUAAGCAGCUCAGACUAAUAGUAUAAACUAUCAGGCAGCCACAGGUGGAGAGAGGAGAGCAGGGAGAGGAGCAGAAGUGUGUGCCUGAAAAGCCAAGGGACAGGAUGAGCUCGAGAAGAAAGAGAGGCUGUAACUAUUGUAACCAAGCUGUUAUCAGGACUAUGACAUAUUCAUGUUUCUCUAUUUGGUCUUUUCUCUAUCAGAUGACAUGUUGAAUUUCUUUAUCUUAAAGUUUCAGUCAACAUUAACUCCAUGUUUGAAUGGAGUGCUUAGUAAACAAAGUCAUAGACUGCUACAGGUCUCCAUCAGGGUUUUAGAACCAGACGUCAGGGUCUUCAGCUCUUCCCUGACUUUGCCCUUUCCUGCUUCUCAGGGUGAAAGGUUGUUACAGGGGGAAGCAGCUAUUUUCAGACACCUGUAACCUUUAGUAAAAAGCUCUGACGCAGCAUGUCGGGGCAUCACGGGUUUGAAACUCAGCAGGUCAGAGUGAUCCCCACCCUGUCAUAGACGGAUGUGGUCUUUUCCAUAGUGUUUGGUUUUCAUCGUCUCUUUAUUACAGUGAAUUUCUUUUUGUUCUCUCCACUGUUUUUUUGCCCUUUAAUGAGCACAAAGUGGAGUGUUUCGCCCUUUCCUCCUCUUUCUGCUCUUUAUCAUUUCACUGCUUGACUUGCCUUCCCCCUCGUGAAUGCAUGCUCAGCACUCCCUGUCCUGGUGAUGGAAAAAAGGGAGUGAAGCUGAGGAGAAGAGGAGGAGGCUGGGGUGCUUAUUCGUGCUUUCCCUGCUCUUCAUUCCUUCCAUUUUUCUGCUUGUAAACAGCUUCAUGUUGGGGGGUAUCUCCUCUAUCUUCUUAAUUGUUUGUAAGCAGUGUUUUCCUGCAUAUUUCUUAAUAUUGUUUGGUCUCUAAAGCCCCGUUCACUCAUGAACUCCUGACAUUUUUAAGAUACUUGUUGAUGAUGUUCACACACACCCCCCACAGUGGGAGAUUUUCUGUGUUGGACACAGUCCCACAAAAUACUGAAUUCUGGUUUUAAUUAGGGAGGUAAAGGAGGGGGACUCCUCUUACGUAACUGAUACUGUUUCUGCAAAAUGUAUGAGGGUGUUUCUUCAUUACAGACACAACUACAGAAAACAGACAACUGAGGCAAAUAACGUAGACCCUUCUAGGAGCAACAUCAUGUUUUAGUACUUGAUAUGUAUUUGAUAUCAUCCAACUGGUGUGGACUUAACAGACUGACAGCUGACAGGUUGAAUAAAAGCAUCAAAGUUUGAAUGAGGAUCGCUUUCAGCAGAAUUGAUCUAAAUACAAAAAAGGCUUUCUGUGGCUUUCCCAGCCUUCUUUUAUGUCCUGUUUUGCCUCCUGAGACUCAUCCCCACUCCUUCCUACGUGCAACAAGGGAGACUUAAUGCUGAGAGCAACUUCUGUAAAAGAGCCUCAUUGGAAAUAUUGAGGUACACUCAAGAAAAGAGGCUGUGUGACCAGAGAGCCAGCUGCAAAAAAAUAAAAAAAAACAAAUCCUAUUUUUAUUAGCACAUGCAGCCCACCUGGAUUCAAAUUUGGGUCAUUUUGGGCAUGAUGUAGAGACCAUAUGGGAACACUUUUACAAGCCUACAUAAGCCCUGCAUUUAACAACCCUGCUGUAAAUGUGCUUUUUUGUUGAGAAAUCUAAAUAUUUUGCAUAUUUUCCCCCAUUAAUGACUGAAACAUCUAGGUGGGGCUGGAGGAAACAGAGCGGUUUCCUGUCGGGAGGGAAAUUUAUGAGGUGCCGCACACACUACAUCAUUCUGCUGGGUACAGGGAUGAGAGCCAAAAGGCGGAUCAGUCUAUGCACUAUUUUUACACGGCGGGAGAUUGUCAGGAUGAGAUGGAGGAAGUACAGUGUUUGCUUGUGUGACCACAUGAAGUGAAGGGAAGAUGGAAUAAGAUGAAUGAAUACCAAAGGUCAGGAGUCACUGAGUAAUCUGAGCUCUGGAUGAGGCAGACAGAGCUGCGGUGGCAGAUAUCAGACCCAAAUGGAUGUGGAUUUGUUUGAGGAUGGGAGUUUCUCUUUCCAGGAGGUAGAUGAAUAGGUUUCGGGGUUUUCAGUGGACCCACUCAUCCAGGAAUUUAUUUCUUGUGGAAACGUUCACUCUUAAAUUUGGAGGUUUCACUCUUAGAUGUAUCAAACUGAAGUCCUGGUUUGGGGGCGUAAAUGUUGACGUCAGGUUGAUUGAAGUUUGCACUCAGCCAGGCGUUUGUCUGCUGGUGUUUGCUAAUCUUACGGCCCACUUGGCUGCUCUUUAUGACGGAUUGAGCCCUAUCCUGUGUUUCAGGACAGGACCGGUCGGAGCUGGUUCUCAGCGGUCCAGCGGCAGCAGCAGCAGCAGGCAGCUGGAGUUUCCACUUGCUGCAGCAAUCUCUCUUCCUUCUUUCAUUUCUCUGUUCUGUCCGCUCAAAGGCUCUGUUCAGCUUCCUCUUUUGCCCCGUGGCUCAGCAUGUUCUCGUCUCCCCUCCCAGACCACUUCGUCACUUUACUUUCUGCCGUUUCCAUUUCCAUUCGCAAGACUCAGCACUCGCUGGUCUUCAGAUUGACGCUCAAAAUCACAUGACGGACAAAAAAAGUUUGACUCAGCAGCCGUCCAAACUGGUUGGUGAGGCAUUAGGAUGUGAUAAUGCAACCUCAAAGUGUAGGGGGAACCAUUUGUCAGAUUUGGCAAUAAGUGAUAUUAACUGCAGCAUUUGGAGUCAACAGAUCUUGUGAGCAACAGUUUUAAAAAUGUGAAUACGGUGGGAAAAUUAUAACACAAAGCAUCCCAGUGGGAAUCAUUAAGGACUAAGACUUACUACAUUUGGAUUUUUACUUAUAAUUAUUUAAGGAAAUGUAAAAGUCCACUGCAUACCUCCCAAAUUUGUAUAUGACAUGGUAAAGGGUUACAACCAGACUCAUUCUACCUAGCGAGACCAUGUGCUGUAAAAAUUAUGGAUGCAGGCUCAGAGGUUACUGAAGAGAUAGCCUUUGCUUUUUGCCAGGCUGCAAGUAUAUCAGUUCUGCUUGGUAUGCUUUUCUUUAACAUGGAGCUAAUGAGGCAGGUCUCACUGUCAAGCACAGACUCAAGUGGUCACUGAGGGAAUUGCAGUUUAUUUUUUAUUUUCUUGCACUUCUGCAUUGGCAUCACUUUUCAGUAGUUUGGUAUAAAGGUAUUAGUCUUACCUGAAUUUGUGCUGAAAUAGAAACACAAUACUUGCUGUAUCUGUAUUAUUGUGUCCCCUGGUGUAUAGCGCUCACUGAAUACGCUGGCUUUGUCUGAUAACAUUCAGCACUCUCACCGAAACAGAUCAAAUCAUACACAAACAGGUUCUGCAGGUUCAUAUCUCAAAAGAUAGUUAUGAGAAGAGCCCACAUAGAUUCACACAGAGUUAAGAGUGGACAGCUCGAAUUCCUGUAUGAUAGUUUGACCAGGAUUAAAAAACAGCAUCAGGAAUCCUGACUUUAGUAAGAUAACAUUUCCAGACAGAACAAUCUAUUUGAUAACUGAUAACUUUGACAAAUAUCUACGUCGGCUAACUAUCCUAAGCUAAAAUUAUACUCUGACUCAUAUCAUGUAAUCAAAAAGUUUGUACUGACACACAUUGUUACAAACUAGAGCAACAAAAAGCCUUUUGAAGUUUGCACAGCCUAUUCACCACAAGACAACCGUUUAGCAUUGAGCCACCUUCUUCAGUGACAUUUAAAGGUAUUUAUGUUGUUCAUUAGGCAAAGGUUCGAGAGCUUUUUAUAAAUGUCUAUGGAUUAAGCAAGAGAAGUUUUUCCCAAUAAGUGAAACUUCAAUCCAAUACGGCCCGAACUUAAGAGACUUUUAUAAGCUGAUGUUUGUUUAUUUGGUGGUUCAGGUGAGGUUUAAAAAGUUCACUUCCAGCCAUGCUGAGUCACAGCAAACUGCAGUGCUUGUACGAAACACUGAGUCACUUGGAUACAGUUCAAACAAAACCCUGAAAUGCUCAUCCACUUACUGACAGUUCCCAGCCUGCACCUGCUCUUCACCGAACCCAGCCACCGAACCCUGAUCUCUUAUCUCCAGGUGACUGCUCUGACUCUUAAAUAGACCUUUAGUGGCUGUCCAAACACUGAGCCCAUCUGUGUGUGUAUUCUUGACUGGUCUGCAUGGAUACCCUGUGACCACUGUACUAAUAAAAGAGCUAUUCAGAGAAGGAGCAACAACAAAGUGGAUGGUGGGCAUUAUUAUUUUAAAGAGGUGUCCACACAAAGGGCUGCUCUCAGUCCUUUUCUGAGCCCCUUUCCUGAGGGAUACAUAGAAGUAAUGUACCAGCUUAUAAUGCAGGUGAGAUCAGGACACAAACGGAGGAGAUUAGGAGAGUAUGUGUUCAAUGAGGUAGAAAGGGGGUAGGUGAGGGAACGAGGGGAAAUUUCUGGAACAAGCAGUACUUCAAAAUAUCACAUACGGUAACUUUGACAGAGAAACACAAGGCAGCACAUUCCUUCAACAGUCAGAAAACCAACAAAACAAACCCAGACCUCAGUUUGAACUGUUUAAGCCAGUCUGAGGAGUUUUGACCUGAAUAUGAAGCAGACUGAUGUAGACACUGAUUCUUCACCAGGAAAACAAAAUGAUCAGUGACAAGAUUUUCUAUCAAAGCAUUUAUUAUAUUAUAUAUUAUAUUAUAUUUACAGCUACAGGUGAGGUGCCAGAUCGGACAACUUAAGUCAUGCUGAAGAAGCAACAAUGCACUUCUUUGUCCACAGGGGGGGCAAAAAAAACUGAUCUUUAAAUACCUAUAACCAGGUUUCCAAAAGACCCCCCCACAAUCAGCUGUCGUGUCAUCGUUCAUCAUGUCAUGUCUCUUCUCACUGUGUACAGUUGCUGCACGGUUGCUUGUUGAGUGUCUGUUUGCGCCUGAAGCUACAGUUCAACACAUUCUUUGUCUUCUGCAGUUGAACAGUCACAACCUCACCUGUCUGCUUAACUGAUCUGUUAUUGACUCCAGCUAUGAAAACAAAGCCGUUAUCUGCUUCUCAUCAAACCUGUCACCGGCUCCUCCCUGCUGCAGCACACUAAACUUAGGCUGCUGCUGCUGCUCUGCUGCUGUGCCCAUGAAUCCCUGUUUCUGUUGUCAUUAUUAGCAGACCAAACCGGUUUAGAGCAUGUUUUUGGGAACAGUGGGCUCAACAGCUGACUGUGACUCAGACCUAUUAACCCAGAAAAGCUUCCACUGUGACGUAAUUGCUCAGCAUCACAAGGAGGACUAGACUUGGUUUUUAUUCUUGUUUCGACUUGCUGCUGCGCACACACACACACACACACACACACACACACACACACACACACACACACACACACACACACACACACACACACACACACACACACACACACACACACACACACACACACCCAGGCUGUCUGAGGUUUUCUUUCUAGCACAAUCCCAUUAGCUCACGUGAUUUUGUUGUUUUUUGCCUUUUUAGCCAUGUGCCUGUAGAAAAUGUUGCCAGUAGCGUUAGCGCUGCUUCCAAAUAAACCUGUUUCCCAGAGUGGAUAAACAAUCCAGGGUGUACUUACAGGAGAGACAUGGAGGAGGUGAACGACAGUGAGGUUAUGAACUGACUCAGACAUACUCCAGUGGCCUUUUUGUUAUGAUUCUGUACUGAUGGGAAAUUCAAGCCUUCAGAUCAUGACUGUGGAGCUAUGAAUUUGGGAACAGAAACAUAUUAAAAUAGAAGGAAAAAGUAAGUUUUACAACUGAUAUUAGCCACGUAACACAGUCUCAUUAUCCAACUAGAUUUUAGUCAGUCAUGGCGGUGCAAUGGUGAGCACUGUCGCCCUAUAGCGUAAAGGUUACUGGUUUAAAUCUCACACCAGGCAGGGGCCUUGCUGUUCCCUCGGUCCUAUAAACAACCUUCUGUCGGGGGGUAUAUACUUAACCUGUGCUGAAUAUUUUAGGACAUGGAGCUGUGACAUAACAUCAACUUUGAACUUUGAUCAUCUAUCAGUUCUCUUUUAGCAGAUUUGUCAAUGCGGCGUGCUCGCUGCUGCAGAGAAAUGUGGGUUGAACAGGUACUAGAGAUCUAGAGAUCCACAGUUUUAAAGAAAAGUUAGUGAAAGGUGUCGACUUUAAACCCAAAUACACAGAAAAAUCAGUUUCUUCAGUUGUACUGUGAAAGAACUGAUGAUUUUCCUGUCCCUAAAUAAAGUGUUGAGGGUAAGAAACCUUUAAAAACAGCUUUUGCUGAUAUUCAUUUCAUGCUGAAUUGGUUUUGAGACAUUUUCUCCAACAACGUUAUUAAAGUUCAAAGCUGUGUGGGUAAAACUAAGACUGCCUUUUCAUAGCCUUCCUCAUCUGCAACCAAAGCACAUAUUAAUAAAACCCUGAUACCCAAGGAGGGAGAGAGAGAGCCAAGAUAGUUCCUCACACGUCAUCAGUAGUAAAAGAGCUCCUGCACAAGACUGGACAUGAAAAAACGACCCGUGGUGACCACAAGUCAGAGUCAGAGGAAAUGAUAGAGGAACAGGGAGGGAAAUCUAAACCUGAUGACUCUGCAUCCCAAUCAAAACCUCGAUUCAUCAUGAUCGCAUCAAGUCUGCUGAGCUCGACACAAGCUGAGCUGGUCAUUUACGUCUCCUCUCCUCUACACCAACUGGGCCAAAGGUCAGCCGUCUCACCCCUGCUGCUGUCAGGCAGUCGGUCAUAACCUGAUUCUUCUGCUACAGAAAACAGGAAAAGGAGCCCCUCGUUAUUUGUGGCCAUUUUUGUUGUUCACCUUUAGUCCAAUUAAUCUGAGGAGUGACGUCUUAGUGGGGUGAAGGGGUUCAAGCGUCUGCCUAACAAGCUGCACCCCUGUUGUGAGCACAGCGGCCAAACUGACGGACAAAUGAGGACAAUGGGAGAAAGCAGAGGGGUACUCUGAGGGCAGAGAUGACCCAGAUUAAAACACACCUUGAUUAAACCGUUGCAUCACCCCUCCUCCAUGUUUAAACUUAAUAUUUCCCACAUGGCUGUAGAUAGACAUCCCGCCAGCAGAUGCAUGAAUCUGUGCGCCACAUGUUGCUCACACUGAGGCUAUUUCUGUUGUUGUUGUUGUGCUCUUUGUCUCUGACUUCAUAAGAAGACUGUUUACGGUUUGAAGCUAGCAAGCGAAGAAAAACAAGUGCUCUCGUCCUGCAGGUUAUUAUGCAAGACUGGCUUUUUCUCUCUGGGCUGCUUCAAAUACUGGUCCAAAACAAUGUGGAAAAUACUGCUGCAGACAGAACAAGCCUCUAACCCUGUGUUGACAAGCUAGUAGUUAGUAGUUAACGUAGCGCAGAGGACUGACACACUCGUCCUUUUGGUGCAUUUUACAAUGUUUUUAUGAGAAGUUCCUGUGAUCAAAGUGAUAGCAGAAAAAGUUGAAGCUUUGUUUAUAAAAUAGUGAUUAAUCCUUUUGACUAACAGGAGCUUGACUUUCAUGUGUUAAUCUGCUGCAAACACAAAUUAUCCCUUUAAAAUAAGUGCAAACAUUUGUAGUGACACAUAAGUGACUUUUCCUGAAAGACGGUCAAAGUUCUCACAAGUGCAAGUUCACACGAGGCAGUUCAGCAUGUUUGUAAUGUUUAAACUUUGUGAAGCAUUUUAAUUGAUAAAACGAGUAACAGGGUCAACAAGCAGACUGAAAUUGACACAAAAACCUGAAUAUCUAUGUAAAUAUUUGCCUUAAAGGUUUUUGCAGUCAUUCAAGACUAAGUCAGGAAAAAAGUAAACAGAGGGAAAAAUUUUUUUUACUUUUCAGAUCGAUCGAACUUAUCUGUUCAGCCUCUUUCUUAUCAUCCUUGUUUUUAGUGCUGCGGAGUAAGGCCUCUGCGUGUUGAUUUAUUUUCCUCCUGCUGGCCUCAGCUGAUAAUGUUUCUCUGUGAUAUAAAUUUCAUCAGAUGUAAUAAGUAGGUCAAGAUCCAGAUGACUGGGUUGAAUCUUGACCUGCUGGGCUGUGAAUAGGUAGACAGCACUGGUCUAAUGUGUCUGCUCCCUCCACAGCUCCCCAGCAUGUUUGGAGACCUGAGGUCCACGUUCAUUGCACUGAUGAUUGGCUCCUACGCCUCUUCUGCUGUCACUUUCCCUGGCAUCAAGGUAACACGUGAUAUAUGACUCUAGUUAAUCACUCAAUUUUUCACCUUUCAAAAAGGAAGUAAACUGAGAAUAAAAACCGCUGCUACAAAGGAAUGGGAUAUUGAUUCUCCAUUAAAAUGAAACUUUGUUGGUGCCAUCUGUCUGCCUCUAGGUGAUCUAUGAUCUGGGUGCCACUUUCACCAUAAUCCUGCUGGUUUGGGCCGCCUGCGCCUGCCUUGUCUUCCUCAACUGCUUCGUCAACUGGCCUCUGGAGCCUUUCCCUGGCCCGGAGGACAUGGACUUUACGUAAGUUAUAUACUCUCCCCCGCACAAACACACACAGACACACACACACACACACACACACACACACAAAGAGGAUAAACAUUUCUGUAGCCUCCAGCUAUCGUUCUCGAGAAGCUAUGAUAACGCUAUUAGCUAACCUCAGGAUAUACUGGCUGAAGGUGGCCUCAGACUGAGCUGUGCCUUGACAAUCUGCAUUCUCCACAGAGAUCACUGCUUAUUACCGCACACUCACAUGUUCAUGCUCAGGCACUCCUGCACAGUAAAUCCCAAUAAUGCAGAAGAGGCUGAGUGAGCCCUCAAGACAGGAAAGCCCAUAAAGCUCCUAAUUCAGCCUGCUUUGCUCUGAACCACCCAGGUCCAGUUGUUCAAAGAGCUUUUUCAUGAGGAGUAUGAUCUGGAUUCAGAAAUCUUUCUUUCUUAUCCAGAGUCAUAUUUUCCAUAUUUUUAAAGUUUUAAACUAAUCUGGUAGCUUCAGACCAGCUUGACCACUCCACCUUUCCUCACUCUUUGCUCUGUAUUUUCAUCUUUUCCUCUCUUCCCAUCCUUCCCUCAGAGUCAAGAUCAAGUUCAGCUGGCUGGGCUUUGACCACAAGAUCACUGGGAAACAGUUUUAUCGGCAGGUGACCACCGUGGGACGCCGCCUGAGUGUGGGUAACUCCAUAAAGCGUGAGCACCAGCAGCCAAAAGACCUGGCGACACAGGAAGCCAAUAAGCUGUGCCUGUCCACCGUUGACUUGGAGGUGAAGUGCCAGGCCAAGGAAGAGAGUGAGUUUGAAUAAAAGAUGUCGUUUGAAGGUUUGGAAAUGUUGUCUUUAGCGAGGUCACGGUGACAGUAAAAUGCUCUGAUUUAAUCAGGCGUCGUCUCUCAGAUCUGAUAGCAUCAAACCACCUGACCCACUUUUUCACACAGUAAUUAGGCUCGUCUGGUACCCCCUUAAACGCCCUUUUACCUCUGCCCUACAUCCUCACACAUAUAACCCUGGUUAACCCCACACCUCCAGGCCUCCUCUGUCCCUUCUGACUCUGCUACACUGGGGUCAGGAUCUCCCAGUAGGAGGGUUUGGUACCUCUCCUCUCAGCCUCUUUGGUACCAAACAGACCGUGGAAUUGGUUCAGAUCCAGUUCUUAGAAAGCAGCUCAGCGGGUGUGUGAUGUGCUGGCAGGGAACCCUAAAAGCAUUGUUGUGGGAUGAGGGGUGGACAUUGUUUCGAUUGUGUGUCUGUUACUGUGAGUGUAGUGAGGACUCCCAUGGUUGGUUAAAUAACAGCUGGAGCUUAUCCAUCAGUCAGGAUCUUAUCCUCUCACUCACGCUAACAUGUUACACUCUCUCACAUCUUCCCAAUUCAACAGAAGCUGUGAUGACUCCAGAUCCCAUGUGUACGAUGGCUAUGAAAUAGGCUGAAAUUUAUAUUGAUGCCUUGUCAUGAUAUCUGAACGCAAACACGGCCGUUUGCAAAAGACUGACAGUUUUUAUACUUUCAUUUUUAAUACCUGAAACUGGUGGAAGGGGGUAGGUGUCAGCUGAGCAGCUGAAGAAACAGACCUGUUCACAGUGUCGGCAUAAUACAUAGAUAUUAAAUGAUGCAUUUGAGUGUCAAAAGUCAGCAGGAUAUGAAUCAUUUUGUCAAAAGACUCUACUUAAAAAUAAACAGGACACAGAGUUAGAAACUGCGUUGUCCACAGGUGACCCAAAUCAAAAGUUCCUCCCAGGAGCUUCAAGUAAAGAGAGCGGUGGUCCGAACGAAAACAAAGCUCUGAAAUUGGGUUAGGGUUAGAGAAAUAUCACUGUUUUUUUUUCCUCACAGUAAUGAGGUCUAAAUAUAUCACCGCGUGAUUAACCCAAACCUUCCCCUGCUGAGAAAGAUCCUGAACUGUGGGGGUAACCUGGAUUAUAUUAGUGUAGAUGUAGGGCAGAGGUGAAGGGGCGCACUAGACUGACCUCAUUAUUGUGUGGAGAUGCAGGACAGGAAGUUUGAUGUCUCUGCUUGACCCCUCAAAUGGGAAGGUGAAGGAGUUUUGUUCUGUCGAACUCAUGCUUCUAAUGCUGGGUGUGUGUCUCUCUGCUCCGCUCCCCUCCACAGGCACUAUAUCAGGAACUGUUCUGAGUACCUUUGCAUGAGCUACAGUUUUAGAUGGAUCUUUAAUGCCUCUUUAUAUUAUAAAAUAUACUGUAUUAUAUGAUAAAUUACACUGUAACGUGUGUAUUAGCGCCAGGAAUCAUGAAUCAUUAAGAUGCCUUGCAAGCAAACACGACCUGUUACCCGACAAUUCCUUUAAUGACGCCUCAGAUGGAUACCUGUUGUUUCAGAUAAUAAACCCAUCUGCUCCAUUUGUGCACCGGCACUUAAUAGGUUUGUCCAGUGCUUCACCAUAUGGGCAGUUGUGUCCAAUUUCCAUUUGUAUUAACAACUUUGAUUAAUAAUCAACCUUUAAAAGAGCCCAUCUUCUCCUUCAGCCGUCCGGCUGCUCAGUUUAGCGUGGAGGAAUAGGCUCGUUGCCGUGGCAGCAAAGAGCAGAGGGGGAUAUUUAGAUGACAGCGUUUUCUCCCUGAGUGAGCGUUAAACUUAACUCGCGCUGUGAAGCACACUGGCGUAGUUUUCCAUCAUGUGAAAAGAGAGUGGUGAAUUAGGAGGAGAAAUCUUAGGGAGCAGCAAAUGUGCAACAGUUAGUAUCUAAUAGUUCACUGCAGCAGAAAAGCUCUACCUGCAGACUCCAAAAGAUCAUUCAGACCACAUGAUUGUCAGUGUGAGAGAUGAAUUAGCAUAUUAAUUCACAGAGAUUAUUUUUGCUCAAAAGGUUUAAUCCAUUUUAUCUGUUUCUCCUCUAAAAUGUGACUAACAUGUACACACCCAGUGUCUUUUAUUUGACAAGGUGUAUUAGCAGACUGAUCUGAUCUGAUGCGGCCGUUUUAAUUUCCUCUGCAGCUCAGUCCUUCAUGAAGAGUAUCUUCAGCCCCAUCUUCCUGCUCAGCCUCAUCACCAUGUGUGUGACCCAGCUGCGUCUCAUCUUCUACAUGGGAGCCAUGAACACCAUCCUGGAGUCUUUGACUGACGGAGACCUCAACAUAGGUGUGUGUCAAUCCCUCCUCAUACAUAGUUUGACAUCACCCUAAAUUGUGCUGGGUUUCCUCUAAACUACUCCUAUCUCUCAGCAUCUUUCUGCUCACUAACCUGCCAUGUGGUCUGCUGUGUUUCACUUUCUGUGUGUCUCUCCUGCUUUUUCUCUUUUUGUCUUGUGCUGGCCUUGUGAUGCUCUCACAGUGGAGAGGAUGGAAGUGGGUAAGAGGCUUAAAGCUCAACUUACAAAGAUCUAACCACCUACACUUUCAGUCUUUCUCUUCAGAUUUCUGUUUGCUUGUUUCUCUGUGUGUCUUAACUCUUAACUCAACAUGCUUGAGUGAUAAAAAGAGAGGAAAAAAACACACAUUUACACUGAAGCCCUCGGCGAACAUUUAACCUUACGUAUUAUUCACUUUAUUUUCAUGUAAUAUCAAGUAAUUUCUGAUUGUUUUUGGUUGACCUCAACUUCUUGACCUGGUUAUUUAGAGAUAGUGCAAUGUUAUCGCUUUCAAAACACAUAUGCAGUCAAAUACAAGCAGUCAGUUAAAGAUAAUAAAAAAUGAAUUCAGUAGUUAUAAUAUAAAUAUAAAAACAAGUGGGUAUUUCCAGAUGGUUGCACAGACAAACAUAAUAAUUCUUCAUCUGUGCUGUCUCUUAGUGAGCGUCUACACCUCCAUCUUCGGCGUGCUCCAGCUCCUGUGUCUGGUCACCUCUCCCGUCAUCGGCUACGUCAUGGACUGGAAGUUGAAAGACUGCGAGGAUGAGAACGACAAGAUAGCCAAGAGGUGAGGAUGAACACUCAACAGCUUUGACACAUUUUUCACAACAUUAUUAAACUACUCAGCUCUGAAGAAACAUUUCCCACAAGAGUUUUUGCUUACUGUUAAAAAAACCAAAAUAAAACCAAGAGCUGCAACACGAAAGACUUUUUUGGGUGAAGUUAUAGGGCUUUUAUUUUGAAAAGGUCUGAUGCUUUUACCAACAAAUCAAUCUAUCAGCGCAUUAAUAGAUGAAAAAUGUGAGGGUAGAGUCAGAGCACAAAAAUCUGCUUUUUGCAUUCAAACAUGAAGCUAAACCUGAAUAUUUCAAAGAGUUUUUAAGGAGUUUAAUGCUUCAACAAACUUGAGGUAUAUAAAUGAAACACUAACAUACACUGAAGGAAAAACCAAACUAGAUGAGAUAAAGACACAAAAAGGCUGACCAUCAUUUAUUUGAUUUCCUUUCUAAUCCUAGGGAGCCUGGUCAGCCUCGCCGCCCUGAGAAACGGAUCCAGAAGAUCGUCAACGCCACCAGAGCCUUCAUCUUCACAAACCUGCUCCUUGUUGGGUUUGGGAUCACAUGUAUCAUCCCGAAUCUGCCCCUUCAGGUAGUUACACACACACACACACACACACACACAUGUGAGCACACACACUCACACGAGACAGGGAUCUGCUUUGAUAUUUGAGGGGACGCACAUUUCCCCACAUGUGCUGCCGAGGCCUGAGUUCACACUGCAGUGGGAGAAAAUGAGACUGAGCAAUGUACAUCAUGUUCAAACAAGAGGCUCACAUGCCAAUGCAGCUGAUCGUGUUUCAGAGUGCUGCAGGGACAUCUACUGGACACAAGAGGGACUGUGUGUUAUUUUUCACUCAAUCUGAUCUGUUCUUCAACAGGCUGGCUGUUAUUGUGUUUUUUUUUCAUGUAAAUGUAAUGUUUGGUUUUGGUUUCUGUUCUGCAGAUUCUGUCUUUUGUCCUGCACACCAUCGUCAGAGGUUUUAUCCACUCUGCAGUCGGAGGACUUUACGCUGCUGUGUAAGUGCUUCAAAACAAGAACAGUACUGUAAGCUGUGACUUUAACAUGGAAAUAAUGAAGCAUUCUGAAAUCUCUGAGGUCCACUGAAACAUGUGUGAGUGAACAAAACAAAACAAAAAGAAGUCCACAAGGGAAAAUCAAGAUAACUUUAAUCCAGAUUAUUUUAGGUUACAUUCACGGGACAUUCAUGCAACCACCGACCUGAGAAAACGCCCAGGCCUUUAGAUCUACAUGUUUUGGAUUAAGUCCAUUUAAAGCUGUGAUAAAAUCCUCUAAUCAAUGCAACAGUCAACAGCUGGCUGACAAACGCUGACCAGCACAAUAAGUGAUGAGUUGGUAUUUCUUGAUGCCAGUGAAAAAUUAAAUGGUGACUCAACAUUUUCCAGUGUUUGUACCUGCUGAAGUCAAUGGAGAGAGCUCUGACUGACACCAGUAUAAAGUGCAUUACUGUAAUCUAAAUGAGGACCAAGAAGUCCUGCUCCUCUUUUACAAGAGCUGGCAGCUGUACAAAUUUGAAAAGAGAUACUUAAAAAAAGAUUUGCAUGUAUAUACACCCAAAUACCUACAUGCAAAAAUCUCUUGUGCAUUAUGGCACCUCCAACCACCAGCAGUCUGCGGAUAUACUUCAUUUUUAAGAUGGAAGCUAGUGCCAUGUUUAAAAUUUAUUUUAACAUCAACACUUGCACAUUAAUAGACAGGAAGAUAAUCAAGAUAUUUGCACUUACUCGUCCCAAACUUGUUGUUUUUAGGCAGAAGGUUGUUUACUUGAGUAAUUAAUUCAUGAUAACAUGGAGGAAGAAAUCACCUAAUAAAAUUGUCCUACAAUUUCUUAUGACAUGUUUUUGAUUUAUAAUUAGACAUGUUUUUUGUCCCUGCAGGUACCCGUCGUCUCAGUUUGGCAGCCUGACAGGAAUGCAGUCUCUUAUCAGUGCUCUGUUUGCGCUGCUUCAACAGUCUCUCUUCAUGGCCAUGGUGGGCCCCCUGGACAAAGACCCUCUAUGGGUGAGAAAAACAAACAUUAACACAGAACAAUUAAAGACAUGUUCUGUUGUUAAAUUUUGUUUUAUUUUUGUACAUUUUUACUCACGAAAACACCAAAAUAAACAAAAACAGUGGUUAUGAUUACCAGAAUUCUCUUUGGAGGUGUGAGUGAUACAAGAUAUAAACUUUUACUUAUGUUUAUUUCAUCCUUGUGUUGCUCUCAGGUGAACGUCGGCCUCUUGGCGCUGAGCAUGCUGGGAUUCUGCCUGCCUAUCUACCUGCUGUGCCACAGUCGCCACCUCCAGCGCCUCAGAGACGAGCGGGAUGAGGAUCCAAAGAUCUACGUGAAGAUGAACAACGACAGCAAACCCGAGAACUACGUCUGAACCUGAAGGGGAGAAAACAAAUCACUUUGUUAAAACUGAAGAAGACCAGCUAUGCUGACAAGAGAUGGACAGAGAAGAAGAAGAAAUGGUGGAGGUCAGGUGUGAUCGAGUCCUUCACCUUUUCCUCUCUGAUGCUGCAACCAGACAACCAGACAACUCACUCACCUCUUGAGUUCCUCAUAAUCACACUUUCACUCACAGGUCAUUUCACUGCCGAUCAUACGUGGUCUGAUCAGACUGCACACCACUGUGACACACACUUUCACCCUCUCAGAUACACUGUGAGAAAAACACACACACGCACACACAUAGAUCUCUCACCUGAAGAGGAACAUGGACCCAUGGGAGACAGAACCGAUGAUGGACUUUUUAUACCUCCCUGACUGACUCCUCUACACCGUCUCUUGUUUGUUUUUAUCUGUUUUUGCUCUGGCUGAACUGGGGUCGACAAAUGUAUAAAAAAAGAAAAUCUCAGAGACAGUAUUUUGCUUUAAAAGUCACCCCAUCCACCGUGAGCAUCAGUUUUCAUGAAACCUCCACAAUCUGGUCGGUCCAGAUUUGUCUGAAGUGACAUUUCAGGCAGCACUAGCUUGUUUUUGAUUUCUCUGAUUCACACACACACACAUACACAGACACAGGAGUAGCAGCGUCAGACAUGUUAUCUCUGCUUCCUCUCAUUCUCUAGGGCAUUAAAUGAAAAAGAUUUGACUGACAUUUAGCAGUAUUGGUAGCAGCCUCGAGUAGACAACAGUUUUUAACCAACACACAUUCAGACGAGUUGCUUCAGAAAACUGCAGCGGCUCUACGUGAGUGUGUGUGUGUGUGUAUUACAUAAUGCAGUACAAGAAAAACUACGCUGUGGGGUUUAAAUACUGCAUGAUGCCUGAGACAGUGCUGGUCCUUUUUACUGUUUCACUCAGUCACCGGUGCAGGAAAACACACCCUCGACCUGCCUUGUUCUUCAUUUUGCUUAUAAAUUCCUUAUUGUGUUAAAAAUAUGUAACCUUUUGUUGUUUUAUUUGAAUAUAUUAACUUGCAAUAUGAUUACAGGUAUGUGGAAAAGUGUUUAGCGUAGGUAGACGGGUUGAAGAUAGUAGAAAUAGUUUGGUUUUUUAUAGAAAUGGGAGUCUGUAGCGUGCAGGUGGACUCACCUGCCAAACACAUGGAUUUGGAUUCGUUGCAGCAAUAAGUGCUUCUGUGAGGCGCUGGGAAACAUGUUGACACACAAUCACACACAGACAGGAAAACGUGCAUUUUUUUGGGCUGUAUUCUAAAUCAAAAAGGUGCUAGAUGUACAACAGAACCAUUUUUGUUUGUUUUUAUCUUUCUGCAUGUUUCUUAAAGUUCCCACGAAAUGCAAAAGCAGUUUAAGCAUCCAUUUCGAGCGCUGACUGGAUAUUAACAUGGAUACCAAAAGUGUUCACUUACUGUGAAGCCAGAAGAUUUAGAGCUCCCUCUGCUGACCAGUUGCAGUAAGACUCCUAAAGCCUGCCAACACACCAACAUGAGAGUCACUGAACUGUACCCACUUGAGGGUUUUAAGACUUAUACUGGUCGGUGAAAUGCCUAUCUUGGAGGAUAUAAAGUGAUGUUGUCCAUGUUAUAUACAGCCAGUGCUUUCAACUUGCACUGAUUGGCACCCAUAUGCCAAUAUCUGACCCAGCUCUAAAGAAAUGAGUUGUUGUGUAGAUGUUUUAAUGGUACUUUUAAUUAUUUUUUUAAGUAAUGAACCACUUUUUAAACUUCCUUCUUAUUCUUUUUGCAGUUUCAUGGGAACUUUAAUGUACAAUCAUCGACACUGCAAAAGCUUGAAUCCUAGAAAAUGUAUUUGCUUCAUUUCUUGCCAAAAUAUCUCACCAUACUCAGUUUGAGACACAUUCAGGAGACAAGUCCAUUUACUAGUUCUUAUAUUGAACCUUACAACAAGAUGAAACAGGCCUAUGGUAAGGCCUUUGUCUGCUUAUAAUGGGUAUAAACAUCUACCAGACCAAUAUCUCCUUUAAAAUGAGACAUUUGGAAGAGAGAUGAGACUCUUAGCAAGUCUUUGCAGUGACAUCAAACAUGAGAGCUGUUUCUUUCACUGCAGUUCCAAAGAACCAAUCAACACACUGAUUUACCGACUCUUUUCGGUUUAUUUCACACCAGUUUUGUGCUUUUUCUGCACCCUUAAGUGAAUCUAUAAUAGCAGCUCUGGGAAACUUGAAUUCACCUCUAACAGUAGUCUCUAUUUAACAGACAUAAAGGGAGAUUAAUUAAAGGUCGCAGGCUAAUAGAGGUCCCGACCUUCAGCUUCUAAGAUGAUAUAGAUUCUUUGAUUUCAAAAUAAAAGUCCCAAACAGAAGCUCAGUGUGAAGGUUUUAAUACAGGGAGAUGUUAACAACAGCAGCAGAUUCAAACGCCAAACAAAGAAGCUCCUCCUCCUGACAGUAGCUCACAGAGGCACUUCCAAAGACAGCCAUGACCCUCAGAGUGCCUCUUUAUGUGAACAGAUGACGGGCGGAGAGCACCCCACCCCUCUUUUCUCUCUAUCUAUCCACUAUUCCAUCACUUUCAUCCCUCCAACCAUCUGCAAAAUCAUCCUGAUAUGUUUCCUGACAGCUGAGAGACAAGCCUCUGCUCCUAGCGAAUGACUUCAGUGAGGAUGAAUGGCACAUGUUGCACUUUAGCCCCUGUGGAAAUGGACCUCAGCUACGUUUUUUCUGAACGGCCUUCCCUCUCUGUAACCGAACUUUGGUGCACGAUGCAAAGAAUGUAAACUUUAGAGCUUCAAUGUAGAUUUUUAACCCAUGGAAACAGAAAGAUGCUGUUAUUUUUUAUAUUCACAGACUAAGAAAAUCUAUUCCAUCAUUUGUUUGUUUUAUAUUUUCGCCUUUUUGUGCACAGAGGACAAGGCAGAGGUUUGUCUCUCAGCUUGUAAGCCAGGACAUCAUCCCAACUUUAGCCAUCGGUGGUGCAUCACAAGAGUUUAUUUUACAAGUAUCCUGGAGCAAAGAAAACGCUGCAGUCCUCACUUAUUUGAACGUGUUUAAUGAGAAGAUGAAUGUGAAGGUGCUCAUUUCAAGUGCAAAAAGGUGUAUUGUGAUGCAGGUAUCACAAAGAAAACAAAGGGGAUCGCAUAUUAAAACAAACGUUCCUCAAUGCACAUUUAUCAGACAGCUGUGCUGAUUUCCAAACACAGUAUUAUUUCUAUAUAAAAAGUAAAGUUUUGGACAUGUAUUCAAGUUUUGAAUGAGGUCUCUGACCAAAACUUUGGGGUUUUAAUGAGCUGCAGAGAUGUUUUGCAGAAAUUCUUCACUUUCUUUUGCAUUUUUUGAUCCAAUUUUUUGAAAAUUUUGUAAUCCAAAAGUGCAAACUGGUGAAACAAGAGGAGAUAUCCGUAAUUGGACUGAAACAGAAACAGAGACAACAAUGGGCUGAGGGUACUAUUGAUUUCAGUGUAAAUAGUUCCUGCAAGGGUGUAUCCAGACUUUAAUAAGGUGAUCAAACUAUGAAACUGUUUAAAUGGAUAUUUUCCAUACACAAGUGUUGCACUUGAGGGAUGCAAAAGUCAUAUAUUGUGCAGAAAAGUAAACUUUUUGUGUUCGCUGUAGGCAGCCUUAUUCACAUGAACAUUCUUGCAAAACUCAUGCAAAUAACUGAGCUCUACAGAGUGAAUCUGGCUGUGUGGCGGAGUGUCUUGGGGCUCAUAAUGCAGGUGCAGAUUCACUCUGAUGCAGCACUUUGCUCCAGAAAACUAUAAAUGUGGGAAAAGUUUACAUUGAUUUUCCAUUUUCCUGGUAACCCAUCCUGAACUUCAAAAUGAAAUCAGCUCAUUUACAGACAAAGCUGCAAACCUCUGUAAAUCAAAAGCACAUGUAACACAGAUUUGUCAUAUGGGGAUGAUUUACCAGGUCAAUCCCUCUUUUCCUUUCAACAGAAACUUAUCAGCACUUUCCUUCACUGCUUUACCUUAAACAUCAUCACCUUCCCUGUGUCACUCUUACCUCCUAUGACAGGAAAUCUACACUAGUUUGAUUAUUGAUAGAUGCAUUGGUUGUGUUGAAAGGUUGUGUGUGAUGACGGGUGAUGGGGUUUGGAGCUGGCACACAGGCGCCUUGUUUUCCUCUUUUGGCAUGAACCUUUUUUUUUUUUGUAUUUUUUCUACCUAUUGUGCUCCAGUUCAGUUUGACUUUGUCUUUUAUUAUACUUUAUUUCCUCUGAUGUUUACGAUGAAUGUGUAUUUCAUGUUCUUAUACUGUACAUUUGUUUUGUUUUUGUUUGUAUUGUACCACGGUAUAGCCAUUGUCAUUGAAAUUUAAAGUCAUGUUGUUUCAACUGAAAGAAAAAAAAAAAGCAGAUCAGAAUAUGAAGCAAAAUAAACACGAUAAUUUGUAUAGAUA